AUGGCUUUGGCCCGAUUCUAUGGCCUCCCUAAGCUGCACAAAGACGGCGCUCCUCUCCGACCCAUCGUGUCGCCCAAAGGUACUCCAACGUACGGACUGGCUAAGUGGCUGUUCCGGCGUCUCAAAUUCCUGACCGCUGAGUCAGAAACCACGGUCUCUUCGUCAGCAGAAUUCCUGGAGAAACUCAAAGGGGUAAGUCUCCAUCCAAAUGAGGUCAUGGUAUCUUUUGAUGUUACAUCCCUUUUUACUUCUAUUCCCCAGGACCUGGCGAUCGAGAAAAUCGAGCUGCUUCUACAAAGCAAAUACGAUGAAAGGGAGAAUCGUCUUGCACGCGCCCAAGUCCUUCAGCUGCUGCAGUUCUGUCUCAGGACGUAUUUCACGUUCGACGGGACAAUCAACGAACAGGUGAAGGGCGCACCAAUGGGUUCGCCGCUUUCGGGGUUCAUCGCCGAGGCGGUCCUGCAACGGUUAGAAUCGCUGGUCUUCCAACACCACAAACCUCAGUUCUGGGCCCGGUGUGUGGAUGAUACCUUCGUCGUUAUUGAUCGGGAUCAACUGCUGACAUUCAAGGAACGUCUGAAUGCCGUCUUCCCUGACAUACAAUUUACGAUGGAGGAGGAAGAGAACAACCAGCUGGCCUUCCUGGAUAUCCUCGUAUGCCGCAAGCAUUGUGGUGGACUAAAGAGAAAUGUGUUCAGGAAAGCGACAAAUACGAUGCAAGUACUGAAUUUCCACAGGAACCACCCAAUCAGUCACAAACGCAGUUGUGUAAGGACGCUCUAUCGGCGUGUCGACACGCACUGCAGUGAGCCGGAUUGCUGA